CUCUCAGCCAAUCGAGUGAUUCGUACACGCGUGGGGCUGGAAACUUAUAAUGAAACUUGCGGAUAUAUAAUGAACGCACUACCAACAAAGUAUAAAAUAAGCAUUGGUGUGUGAUUGAGCCUAUCUAUUGUACGGUAAUAAUAGUGUUGACUAGACUUGACAUUCUUAAGCGCCCCAUCAUAUCGGCUUUAAGAACCUUUUAUCAGAAUUGUUCAUUGCCAAAGAAUUUUCGUGAAAGCAUUUGAAGACACUUGGAGCUUUGGCGAGUGUCUAUCAGUCACUGGAAGGCACUCUCACUGAGAGAGGCUCAACGGCUUCGACUCGAAGCCUUUGAAUAUCGAGGAUAUUUUUUUCAUCUAAAAAAUGGAUGAUGAUAAGAGGCUUCUGCCUUCAUGCACGAAUUUACCAUUGGAUCCAGAGAAGUUGGAGGAGCUAGUGGAUAGAGCCAAGGAUUGGGCUCUCAUGCACGGAAUGGGUGUACGUCCUACUAGCAAUACAACAAAAGAUAUCAUCCAAUUUGCCCCGUUUGCAAUGCUACCAUCGGUAUUUCCACGAGAGGAAUUCGAGGAUGCCUGUGAGAUUCAGGUUAUUCUGAAUACCCUGAUGCAUCGAGUUGCUCAUGAUUAUGAAUUUUUGAAAGAAACACUGGAGGGACCUGUGAGGGUGGAUGCCUUCACCAGGCAACUUUUUCAAAUAUACGAUACUGUUUAUCAAGAGGGUUUUACACAGAAAGUGUCACUUGGCUUGUUGAGGUCAGAUUUGAUGCUCGAUUCCAACUUCAAGGAGGCUGUCAACGUACAAAAGCCCUUUUGUUGCUGGAAGCAAGUGGAGAUUAAUACAAUGGCGUCUGGAAUGGGAUGGCUUGGCCCCAUUACAACUAAAUUUCAUCAAUUUAUCUUGACUGAACUUGGAUUGAAGAAUUUAACUAAAUAUUUACCCGCUAAUAAUGCACUCCAAGGUAUUUGCGGAGCAAUGAUAGAUGCUUGGGGGAUAUACAACGACUCAGAAGCUGCUAUAUUAUUCAUCGUUGAGGAUUUCUCCUUCAACAUCUGCGAUCAGAGAUUUCACGAGUUCGAGAUAAAACGGCAGAAUCCAAAUAUCAGAGUUAUCAGAAGGACAUUGACUCAGUUGGCUAGCCAAGCGAGACUGGGUCCCAAGAAAGAACUUAUCGUAAAUAAUCGAGUAAUCGGAGUGGUUUACUUCAGAUGUGGAUACGAACCGGGUCAAUAUCCAAGUGAGAAAGAGUGGGAGGUGAGGCUGUUGAUAGAGAGAUCUCUAGCUAUUAAAUCACCGUCAAUUCAGUAUCACCUGGCCGGUACUAAAAAAAUUCAGCAGGCAUUGGCAAAGCCCGGAGUACUUGAACAAUACUUGAAUAAUGAAAAAACAGUUGUACGCGUUAAAGAAAUAUUCACAGGGUUGUACGCACUAGGAGCGGAUGAGAAUGAAAAUACCACCCUGGAUAUGGCUAUGGCAAAUCCUGAACGUUUUGUUCUCAAGCCACAGAGAGAGGGCGGGGGCAAUAACAUAUAUGGGCUUGACAUCAGGGCCUUUCUCCAGUCUAUGAAAAGCCCUCAGGAGCGGUUGGCGUGGAUCCUCAUGGAUAAAAUUCAUCCACCACCGCAAUUGAAUUAUAUCGUACGUGCGGCCAGCUCUGACAGUCUACAGCUUAAACGAGUUAUCUCGGAACUUGGCAUUUUCGGGAUUAUCAUUGGAGAUGAUAAGACGAUAUUCUCUAAUAAACAAGUCGGUCACUUGUUGAGAACUAAACCACAUGGCUGUAACGAGGGAGGACUCAUGAGCGGCAUUGCAUGCACUGACACUUUGCCAGAUGUAAUCCACGCUGUGCCAAAGUACGAAAUAGACCAUGAAAUAAAAGAAAUAUACUUUUUCCGUGAGGGGACUGUCGUAAUGUGGAACAUUCCCGACUUGGAGAGUGGUAAUCUCCUUCAAUUCCUAAAGUCAUACGAGGACAGCAGUUACGCCCCAACACUGGUGCAGUCCGAGAGCGAAAUGAUGUCUUACACAUAUACCGAAGCCCAGAAACGGAGUCACUUGAAGGACGGAGAUAUCUAUUUGGCAUCCGACGCCACUAGUUUAGAUAAAUACACAUUUUCCAACGCUAUAUCUCAAUCAGUGAAACUGGGAAUAUGGGAGGCAUCGCUCGAGGCUUAUAUCGAUUCUAUCGAAUUCGUUACUGAGGACCUUAAGGCUGGCAGGAGGAUAAAAAUGACGAGAGAGGAGGUCCUCAGGAAACAGGGCGAGUUAUUCGCAUUGAGACAUCUUAUUAAUCUCAGCUCGGAUCUUCUGGAUACUCCGGAUUUCUACUGGGAGAAUGAUGAACUCGAAACGCUUUAUCAGCAAACGUGUGGGUACUUCAGUAUUGCUAAACGCACAAGAGUAAUGAACGAAAAAAUAAAUCACUGCGUCGAGCUGGUGGAGCUGCUCUCCUCUCAUCUGAGUGAUCGACACCACGUCAGACUGGAAUGGAUGAUUAUUGUUCUCAUCAUGGUGGAGGUUGCUUUUGAAACGCUUCAUUAUCUCGAUCGUUAUCUCGGCAAGAACGAAGAAUCCGGCGUUACAGUGGCCAACAUUGUUACCUGAUGCCAAUGUAAAAAGUUCAUCUGUUGAAUAAUGGUUUUUUUAAUAAAUUAGGUUUAUGACUGCUCCCCAA